GUUUGAAUUUACAGGCGGUUGAAGUUCACAAGCUGACAGAUUCAAAGCUUGCCUGCAACGAGACGAAAAGUGAUCGACUCCUACGUUUUCAGCAAUGUCGUCUUGGCGUGGGGAACGUACGCCGUUAAGAAAUGUGGAGAAUGAGAUGCACCUGCAAACCACAGCUUCGAGGCUCAAAUCACGGUCCAGUAGCCAUGUCCAAUAUACUUUAAUGAAGGAUGGGGCAGCUGCUCGUUGCCUAGCAGCCCCUCUCUCCCCCGGCCUUUCAAGUGAGCUCACGUGCACACAUUCUCCAGAAGUCGCUGAGAAGGCAUCUACCAUGGAGGACAACCAUGACAACCACGUCAGUCAUCUGUGUGGACCAGGAGACGUCACUUUCAAAUCCUUUGUUUGUGUCGGAGGAGAAGUUCUGGUCUCAGAAUCUUCCGUGUUGCCAGAAGGAUCCGUGUUCCUUGAUCAGUCUGUUCUGAGUCGGCUUCCCCCCGACAGUGAAGGGGAGAACAUGUUCUCCUUGGAAAGCAGCGUCACCUGGUCAUGUGACCACCAUGUGGACCACCCCUACUGCAGCGCGGGAUGUGAUGUCACCACAUCGAGGGCCGGUCAUCUGUCCGCCUGCGAGCUUUCAGGUGCUGUUGGGAGCACAGAUGUUCCCCACGCCACUGACGAGUCUGGACGUGCCAACGACUCCUUUUCUGGACUGGGAGAUAUUACGUACAGAUCCCUCCUGUGUGCCGGCGGGGAGGUGGAAGUUUCUGAAGGCACCAGCCUGGCUGCUGAGAUGGUCUGUGUACCUGGGGACCGGUCAGAGGGGCUCAUCUGCCCCCCGUACCACCACAGUGUUCAUCCUCCUGGCUUCAUGGAGGAACGUGACCUCAAGCCCAGCAGUGGCCAUACUGAGCACCCUUACUGUAACACAGAACAAGACAUGGCUGCCUUUAGCACUGAGCCUCCUUCCUACAGGGAGGACUCGGUUAACUGUCCUGAUGACGAUGCUUUGGAACCUAGCGAAGGUAGUGAGAAGGCUCCAAGUGCACGAAGUGACGUCACCUUCAAAUCUUUUAGUUGCAGUGGAGGAGAGGUUGAAUGGUCUGACUCCAUCAGAAUGGGGGAGGAGACCAUCCCUUUACCCAAGGAUCAGUCUUCGAAUGGCCAAUCGCAACGCGACAUCAGUAUAAACCCAAGCAUCUUAUUGGAUGAUGAGACUGUCAGUCAAGCAGAUCACCCAUACUGCCAUUCGAGCAGUGACGGUGUCGUGUCCUAUAUUGGCCACCCUCAUAUGAUGGAGCCCUCUGUGGGAAACGUCUCUUUGAAAUCAGCAAAGGAUCUUGAAGCCGUUUCCUGUCAGCUCUUCCCAGAAUGCACCACACAGGAAGAAGUCAUUUGUCAGCUCAUCCCAGACUGUGGUGACGUCCCUGUGUCCACACACAGCAGCACCGUACACGCUGAAUAUGAUGAUGGUUCUCCGUGCCUGGAACCGGGGGUAGCUCCUCUCCCAGAGACCCUGCUGGACGUGGUGAGGGAACUCCCGGGGUUCUGCUCCGUAGCCGACGCUCUGCCCCUCUCUCUCCUCAGCCCCGUGCUCAGGGCCACCCCUGUCAACCGGAGGAAGUGUGACCGGCGGUCUGUUUGGGCCCUCGCUCAAGCCAUAGCACAGGAGUCCAUUGCGGAGGUGGAGAAGAUCCUCGAGGGCAUCACCUCAGUAAGCUGUGUGGUCCCUGGUAACCCUGACAGCCUGUGGAACAGCAUCACCCUGGAGAGCCCAGGGCUCCAUCCCCAGUUCAACUCCACUGCUCUGGGGGCCAGGUCUUCCUGCAAGCCCCUGCAAGCACCUCCAACCAGGGAGAAGGUGCUGCAGGAUCACCCGGAGAACGUUCUGGAGAUGGAGGUUCUACAGGAUCAUGUAGCCCCUCAGGAUCAGAACACAGACACACUGGAGAAGACUGUGGAUGACGAGCAGGAAGCAGGGGAGAAGGAUCCUUCUGCUGCAGAGCCUCCUACCCAGGAGGAGAAAGAGCUGGAUCUUCCUCCAGUGGAGACGAGGACAGAUGGAGGGAGAACCUGCACUCCUCCUCCUCACCAGAUGGACCUGCUACCCCUCGGCUACUCCCUGGCUCCUGGGCUCCCCCUCCAGCAGCAGCUCAAGCAGAUGGCCCACCUCCUCAUCCUUGCGUCCAACAGGGUGGGUUUGUCGACCCCCUCGGGGGCCAGGCUGGAGGAGCAAAGUGUGGGCACCAGCCCCCCCAAGCUGGAGGAGCGCAGCUCCAACACCUCGGGGGUGUAUGAGAGGAAGAGGGAGGUGCUGGUGUCGGAUGCCUGCUCUGCCACUGACUCACUGCUCUGGAACCUGGCCCCAGGCAGCCUAUCUGACCUCUCCAGAGCAGAGCUGGAGCAGCGACUGUCCUCCAGCCUGAUCAUGGUGGAAGCCCUGGCCCAGCAGCUGUCUGCAUCCAGGGUGCCCGCCUCCCUCCCCGGGGCUCCCGGCCCUUCCAGCCUGAGGGACAAGCUGGUCCAGACAGACCACACCGAGCUCAGCCAGACUGUAACGUACAGGGAGCUGUAUGUUGCGUCCCUGGAGAGGAUCAGGGAUCUGGAGCAGGAGCAGGCUGAUCUGCAGACACUGAGGCUCAGCCUGGUCAACACCAGGACCUGCAUGGUGAGAACACACCACAACACCAGGACCUGCAUGGCCAGCCAGAGUUCUCACAGUGAGGCAGUUCUGUCCAGCCUGAAGCAGAUGCUGGAUGAGGUCAAAUCAGACCACCACAGCCUCCUCUCACAGCAUGCUCAGGUGCGGAGCCUGUUUGAGCGCUGUAAUAGCAGCCAGUCCCGGAUGCUGCAGAAGACCAGAGACUGUCUGCAGCAGAGGGAGGAGAUGAGAGCCCAGAGGGACCAGGCCCUCUCUCAGCAGCAGGCGGCCUUCAGUGUGGUGGAGCAGCUGAAGGUGUCGAGUUCUGACAGGAUCUCAGAGCUGCAGAACAGCCUCAGCUCUAUCCAGGACCUCAGAGAUGCUCUGACCAGGACCUACCCUCAACAGGUUGCACUGAACAAGGCUUGUGUUGAAUCCUUCAGCUCAGCAUCUGAACUCUUAAGAGGAACUAUGAGUGACCAAGCCAGCCUGCACCAGCAGCUCCAGUCAACCAGGCGUCUCCUUCAGAAGACCUUCCCUCUGCUCAGCAGCCUGAACCACAAAACUGCUGCUGCCAUCGCUGAGAGAGACCAGACCCUGAUGGAGAGAGACCAGACCCAGGCUUCUCUCCAGCAGAGCAUGUCCAGCCUGCAGGAGAGUCAACUGCAGAACACAGACCUCCAGCUGCAGGUCACCAUUAUGACCUCAGAGAUGGGUGUGCUCCGUCAGCAGCUGGGUGAGGAGGAGGAGGAGCGAGCUGGUCUGGAGAGGAAGGUGGGGGAGCUGUCUGCUACAGUCUCCUCCAGCCUGGCCUCCUACGCCUUCCUGGAGCAAGCCCUCGCUGGGGAGUCCAGCCUGUUGCAGCAGGCCCAGCAGGAUGUGAAGCUAGCUACUGAACGUGUUAAUGAGCUGCAGGCACGGCUGCAGCACAGUGAGCAGUGUGUGUGUGAGCUGGAGAGAGCCCUGCAGCACAGUGAGGAGGAGAGCACAGAGCUGCAGGCCCGCUGCUGCAGCCAGGCCCUGCAACUGCAGCAGCAGGCCCAGAUACACACUCAGCUCUGCAGCAUGAAGGACAUGAACGAGUUCCUGCAGAUGGAGAGUGAGCUGGUGCGGCAGCAGAUUGAGGAGAGCGAGGCCAAGCAGAGGGCCACUCUGCACGCGCUCAGGGAGAGGAACUUCCAGAGUGAGGACCUGAGGAAGGCCCUCAGCCACGCCACUGUGGAGCAGCAGGCGUUGCGUGCUGAGCUGCAGAGAGUGAGUGAGGAAGGCAGAAGGCUCCAGGCAGAGCAAGCAGAGCAGCAGGCUCAGACGGUCACUAACAUCACCAUCCUACACCACACCCUCCGACAACUGACCAAUCAGCUGCAGGCUGCCCUCACCUCCCAGGAGCAGCCCCCUGUGCCCCAGACCGCCCCACAGUUUGAGCAGCACCCCCCCAGCUCGUUUGUGGACAGCAUCAUGGUUGCCCUGGCCAGAGGGCCGGAGGAAUGCCACGCAGAGCCCCCUGCUGGACACAAUGUGGCUGGGUCCCAGUCUAAGGGUCUGGGCAGUAAGAACAGCGCCUUCUCCCAUGUCCCCAUGAAGAGCAGCGACAGAGGGGAGGAGGGGGGGGAAGCGAGGGGUGAAGAGGAGGAAGAGAGUGUGCUAGCUCUGCUGGUAGACAUGGGUACCACUGUGACAGAGCUGGCCUCUACCCUGGCCCUGCUGCACCAGCACAAAGACUCACAGCACAACACCAUCGGUGCCCUGCAGGGGGAGCUGCAGGCCCAGGCUCUCAAACACACAGAGGAAGUGUUUGAGCUGAGAGAGCAGGUGAGCAGACUGACCAGCCAGGAGGAGAAGUGGGCUGCAGCGCUGCAGGACAGAGCCCAGGAGGAGAAGACCACCAUGCAGCUUCUAACUGACCUGGACGGGGUCAGGGAGCUGCUUCAGAGCCACAGGACUGAGAACACCGAGCUAAGCAAGGAAGUGUUGGCGCUUCGCCGCUCUCUCCACCAAUCAGAGGUGGAGGCCCAGGCCAUGAGGGAGGAACUGAGCAAGGCGGGAAGCCAAUCAGCAUCCUCCAUGAAUGCUAUGGAUGACAAGAUCCGCCUUCUGAAAGAGGUGGAGAGACUAAGGAUGAGUCUGGUGGAGGUGGAGGAGGGGCGCUCCAGGCUGCUGGAUAGAGCCAAGAGACACCAAGUGGUGCAUGAGGCCAACCAGAGGAAGCUGGAGAAGGAGCUCCACCUGCUGGACCACAUGAUCGAGGCAGUCAGGAAGACUCUGCUCUCUGUGCCGGACGUGGUGCAGAACUGCGAGGAGCUUCGUAAACUGGUGGAAUACCUCGGAUGAAGACCUUGUAACACUUCAGAUCAAACCUCUUCUUUUGUGUGUGAAUUGUUUAUUGGAAAUAAUAAAAGUAGUUUUAAUACAACAGAAAGGCUGUUAUUAGAUAAGACUGGUUAGGCAGCCCUGUGCUGUGUGUCGGUUUUCCACAAGUAAAAACACCCAGUUGUGCUGCUCAGAAAGUAUAUUUGAUUUGGUACAAAUAAGUUUACAAAUUCAAGAAAACAACAAGAGUAGUCAUCAAUUAGAAGUAUUCAAGCAGAAUCAAUCAGUAUAAAAAAAUACAUUUUAAAUUGUAUCCUUGGAUGUUGCUACUAUGGAUGUUGCACAUCUUUUUUUACCGUAAUUCUCAAGUAAUUUGUGUCUAAACUUUAGGACUGAAUGAUUUUGGAAAAUAUGCGAAUUGCGAUUAUUUUGACUAAUAUUGAGAUUUAAUAUGCGAUUAUUAUAUUAAUCGCAUAUCAACAUGUCAUUAUUUUGGCCAUCCAAAGUACGAGGAACUUAAAUGAAAUUAUCUUCUCCUGUUCCAUUGAUGUCGACCAUCUCAGCCCUCUGAGGCAGAGAGCCAGACCAUUCCACCCUAUUCAGGGACAUCAUGUCGCCCUGAGGGUAAUCGAGGUGAGGAGGAACUGGGCUUUGACCCAUCAUCGGGGAGGCUGUGUUGCUUCUACCGUGGUCUCAACUGUCUUGGUGACAGUUUGAGUGACAGCCUUGUUAGAAAGCUUUGGGGACCCAUCAUCGUCCUCAGCAACAAUGCUCUUCAGCAGAA